CUGUGCCCAAACCUGGUGGCGUCGUGGGCGAGCUUCUUAACCUCAAGAAGAAAAAGGAGGAUGGCAACAAGCCCCCUGCGGACACGUCAUAGAGAGAAGCAAGCAUGAUGGAGCUCUCGGCAUCGACACAGGUCUUCGUAACUGUUUAGCCAGAGAAUCGUGGCUUUGGUUGAAUAUCUCAUCGGCCAUAUUUUCCUGCUUUUUAUCCAUGAUUGAAGGUAUGGGAUGGGGGAGUCAGUGGUCACAUUGUACGGCUCUCUGGAUUUUCCAGCUGCUUUGCUUUGUCAUGCCACUACAAGACUUGAUCGCCUUCGGGAUAUCAAAUCAUCAUCAAUGCAUUGACUUGCUUGGGGAAAACUCCCCAGAUCUACACGAAUGUUGCGAUCUAGAUGGGCAACACCGUAAGGACUUGGCCUACAGGCUGGGUGAUCGCUGCAUUUAUCCAGACCAUUGAAACAGAAAAUUUCAGAUUUCUAGAAGGACAACAGAAGGCGGCCUUGAGGAGGUUGAUCGUCCAACCCUAGUGGAGUGCCGAAAUGAGUCGCACCGCACCCGGGCCGAGAAUUUGCAUCGGAGAAUUCCACCCGCGGCAUGUCUGAAUACGUACUUGGCGUACCUACGUUACACUGCCCCUGCUCAUGCAGGUUUAAGACCUCGGAUGACAGCC